CCCGUGACCACCGAGUGUCCUCCCUCUCUGCUGAUAUAUAAACUGAUCUUUGCCUCCUCUACAUCACAGACCAGCAACACAGACAGUUUCUGUAGUCUUCAGCUUCUGGAACUUCAGAUCCAUUUCUCUGGACCUCUUUCUGGGUUGACCUGGACUUUAAAAACUCAGGGAGUUAUGUGGAGGAUUUUCCUGACGGUCAGUCUGCUCUGCUGGAGCGCUGACGGACAAGGGAACUGCAGAACAAACAACAGACAAGUGAUCAGAGACAACAACAACAGACCAGUGGCCUGCAGAGACAACAACAACAGACCAGUGGCCUGCAGAGACAACAACAACAGACCAGUGGACUGGUACAUCAUCUACAAGGUACCCAAACUGAAUAACAUCGGAACUACGGGUUUGGAAUAUAUUUACAUUGAUUCAGAAGAUCAGACGAUAGAGACCUAUAAAGAACACGAUAAUAAGCUCAUCAACCAUCCUAACGGUGUCCUGGCAAACACCCUGCGGCCCAUAUUUACCACAUCAAUGACAGACAACUUUGGAUUCAUCUCCUACAGUGAUCAACCUCCAGGAUGUAAUGCUUUUGCUACGUUUGGUCACAGUAAAGGAGUUGUGAUGAUGGAAAAAGACCAGACAGGAGUCUGGCUCUCACACAGCGUACCACAGUUCCCUUUCAAAAGAGAUCCAGAGAAGUUCUGGCCACGCAGCGGAGCAAAGAAUGCUCAGACGUUUAUCUGUGUAACAUUCAACUACGAGGAGUUCCAACAGAUAGGUCAACAUCUGCUGGACAUCGUAGCUUUCCCGUUUGAUCAUCAUAUUCCACCUGGCUUCUAUAACCGGCUUAAACAGGUUACAGAGAAAGACUUGGUGGAAAGACCACCACGUAACAGAAAUCAAAUAAAAAUCCAGGCGCUGACAUCAGCAGGAUUAACAGGAACAGGAACAUCGUUUGAAAGCAUUGCUAAACGCCAAAUUAAAGUACGUAAAGCAAAGAAGACACCUUAUGACAGCUCUGUAUGUAGAAGAAAGAUACCUGAACAUACUACUCCAGAAAAGAAAAUUAAAUUUGCUGACAGCUCUGUAUGUAGAAGAAACAUACCUGUAUGUAGAAGAAAGAUUUUUCCUGACAACAUACCUGAGGAAGGAGAAGAAUGUGACGAUGAUGCAGAGGAAGAAGAAGCUGAAGUCGAUGAUUCUGAGAAGAUAGACAAAAACAGCGAAGACAGAUUUGAUGGAGAUCUUUACCAAACUAUUGCAGACCAUUACGGGACUAAUGUGAAAGUCCAGACCUGGUGCAGCAAGAAUGAAGCUUACCGCAUCAGAGGACCUCAAGUGAUCAGAAUUGCAUCUUUAAAAGCUGAUCUGGGUAAUGAGGAAGUUAAUUGGGAGGCUGGUAAUGAUCAUUCCAAGUGGUGUGUAGCUGCAGAUGAUGAUAAUAAUAAUAAGCAUAAAUAUUUGAUCUGUAUCGCUGAUGUAAACAGAGGACUCAGCCAAUACCAAAGGCCGGGGGGCGCACUGUGCUUUAAACAUCAACAGGCAAGUAGACUAUUUAAAGGUCUUAUUCAACUUGAGGGCAAUCGAAAUAUCCGUACGAAACGUAACACUCGUGACACUGACUCUGACUGUGAUCCUGAAGACACUGACUCUAUCUCUGAGCCUGGAGACACUGUCUCUGUCUCUGACCCUGGAGACUCUGUCUCUGACCCUGGAGACUCUGUCUAUGACUCUUUCUCUGACUCUGACUCUGGAGGAUUCCGGGACGUGAUCGUCAACAUCCCUCAGGCUCCCUGGUAUUACCUAAAGAGAGUUAAAGUAAAGCGUUCUUAGUGUGAGAGGUUGUUGUGAUUGUUGGUUGCUCUAUUUUGCAUGUAGGGAUUUACACAAUGAACAUGUGUAUAAUUACAUUUAAUAAUAAUACCAUUCAAUAUGCAUUCAAUGAAUGCAAAAUAUUUUGAGACUUGUACUCUGUGCAUGUUGUGCCAAAGUGAUUGAGAAAAACUGUGACAAGGUCAUGCUGUUAUACUCAGAUACAGUAGGAAAAUGUUGGUUUGUAGCCGCCAUUAAAUACAGAAGAAGAGAACCCCAGGAUAUAUGCUUGUCAAGUCUUUUCUGAUUUUUGUGCAGAUUAGAAAUAAAGAACUGGAUUUCACUCAA